AUGAGCGUGGGUGUUGGCCUAGGCAUUACUCUAAGAACAGAACACUUUUCUUCACCAGCCUCUUCAUUUUUGACGAGGACAGAGAAGUCUCUCAAAAACCAAGAGCUAAGAAGAAUGUUAGCUGUGGAAAGCUCGUCAGAAUGCUGGCUUCCGUCUCGUAAAAAUCCAAGUCCCUAUCCACCUGUAAAAACUCCGAGGCAAAGUAGCUUGCAAGGCCUGGAAGGCAGCUUUGCUGGUCAUCCCCCCUAUGAACACUCGGACUCAAAUACACCUACGGUAUUUACCCCAUCCAACUCAACCCCGAGCACAUACACAGCAUCAACACCAUCUUCGGUUCCCAGUUACCAGAUGAGCCACGACGAAUACGCCUUUCCAACACUCCCAGCUCAUUCUGUUCAAGCUUCUAAGAACAACACUGUAUUCUUACAUGAAGAUUACAACUCUUUUGGAAAUUAUCAAGCAACUCCCUCUCCAUCCACGCCCACACCCACAGAAACACUCACAACACCCUCCCCUGUCCUCGGACCCCCCUCAACAGUCCCAACAAUCACAGUCUAUAACUGGGCCGUCCCAGUAACACCAAUCAACUAUCAUGCUCUACGCAACGUCCACGGUGGACUCCAAGAUGCACCUGAGGAAAUUCCAAAAACGCAGCUAUCCCGCGCGAUCCAGAUUGAGUUGGCCAAAGCCGGUCGACCGCGCAAGAGGGGAAAGAGAAGAAUGUGCGACUGUGGAUGUAAGAGUAUCAUUCAACCGUAUGUUAUUAAACGCCACAUGAAAACCGCACGACGGGUCGUCGGGAGGUGA